UUCAAUCGUUUUAUAAAACUUUCCCAACUUACAAAAGUCGCAAGAUAAUCUGUUAACAAGGAAAAUCACACAAAACCUUUGAUCAAAAUUGAUCAUGGAGGACCAGCCAUCAUCAUCAACAACAUCAAAGACUGCUUCUUUGGAUGCUCCCCUUCAUUUGAUUGGGUUCGAGAUUGAAGAUUUGUCACCGCAAAGAGUCUCAGGCCGUCUCCUUGUGACCCAAAAGUGCUGCCAGCCAUUUAAAGUGCUUCAUGGAGGGGUAUCGGCAAUGAUAGCAGAGUCAUUGGCGAGCAUGGGAGCACAUAUGGCUUCUGGGUAUCAGAGAGUGGCUGGAAUUCAGCUUAGUAUUAACCAUUUGAAACGAGCAGAGAUGGGUGACUUGCUACACGUUGAAGCUACCCCUUUAAAUGUCGGAAGAACCAUUCAGGUGUGGGAGGUGAGAAUCUGGAAGAUUGAUCCUUCAAACUCACAAAACAGAUCCUUGGUUUCAUCUUCUAGGGUAACUCUACUAAGCAACAUGCCUGUCCCAGAUGAUGCAAAAGAAGCUGCUAAAACGCUAAAGAAGUAUGCAAAACUGUAAAUAUUCAUGUUGAUUUCAAGUAAAAUUCAAAUUCUGCUUAAAUGGAAUUGUAUUAAACAAAGGAUUUAGGUACACAGAUUAGCAUUCAAACACUUCAAACUACAGACCAUGACAGUCUUGUAGCUUAUGUGAAAGUAUGGUGGUAUUAAUAAACAAUAGCUCAUACCUGAAAUAUAUUUCAUAUUACACGAGGCAGAUGAACCAAAUAACCCAAAUGAGCCAACACUGAGUCAGCGUCACUAAUUUGAUGAUCCUCAGGAUCAACAAAGAACCCUCCUUGAGCAGCUUUUCUCGAUAGUUUGCAAAAGUGGCUUCAAACUAUAAACCACUAGUGGUUCCUUGUGAUCAUGUUUCAAUACACAUCCAGUAAUUUCAACAGAAACCAUGCAAAUGAAAAGGCUUACAUUAAGCCUAUUCAUUGAUUCCCAUUCAAUGAAGCAAGCUCAAUUCCAGAAACAACAAAAUCUUUUACACAUUUAAGCAAUGUUGGAAAUGUCAGGAUCCUGGGUUCUUCUUACGAAAGGACCUCGAUCUGGCAGUGCUUUCAUCCUUCUUCCCUAUGCGAACACCCCCAAUUUUAUGCCUAAAAAUAGUUGACAUAACAUAUCAGAGAAAGGCUAACAAGAAUACCUAAAGGCAACAGUAACCUUAAAGAAGAAGAAAAAAAGCUAGAAACACAUGAGAUGAAGCUAACCUGAGACUGCUAAGUUGUUGAGUUAAUUCGUUCAGCUCCAUACUAGAAAGUUUGAGAGAAGAUAAAGUUCCAGGUACCUCUUCUGAAACAACCUUAGACAAUUUCUUCACCGAAGCUCCUAAUCUUCCAAAAGCCUGCAAGAAAUGAAUAGCAACAGUUUGACCAUUAUGAUUCAACCCAUCACUGAUAUUUGCAACACACGCUCUAUAAACCUACAACUAAGGUUGGAAUGGAAACCACGACCACUGAGAAAAAUGCACCA